AAAGUUGCGGCGCUGCGAGCCCGGCGAAGUCCUCAGCCCGCCCCACUUGCCCACUCCCCACUUCCCGAGCCGGCUCCGUGUUUGGGAGGGCAGUGAUCACGCAAGCCGGAGCGGCGGGCUGACGUUGGACGAGCUGCCAGGUAGCUGGAAGCAGGCAGCCAGGCAGCCGAGACACUUCCCAGCGAUUCCAGCCUGGGCUCCGCAGGAAGCCUCGCUGAAUCCCCGCCAGCUGGUUCUAACCUUCCAGAAUCGCAAUCCCUUCUCCCCACAGCCAGCCCUCGCCGAGCAAGCAGCAGGAUGUUUGCAGUGUCGCGCCCAGGGCUCUGAGACUGAGCCUGCCAUCCACUCGCACGCCUUUCUUUCAGGGCUUUUCGGCUGUUGGCUACACUGAUGUGACCCCCCCCUCCCUUUUUGGAAUGAUGGGGAUCUUUUUGGUGUAUGUUGGAUUUGUUUUCUUUUCCGUUUUAUAUGUACAACAAGGGCUUUCUUCUCAAGCAAAAUUUACCGAGUUUCCGCGGAACGUGACGGCGACCGAGGGGCAGAAUGUGGAGAUGUCCUGCGCCUUCCAGAGCGGCUCCGCCUCGGUGUAUCUGGAGAUCCAAUGGUGGUUCCUGCGGGGGCCGGAGGACCUGGAGCCCGGGGCCGAGGGGGCCGGCGCGCAGGUGGAGCUCUUGCCCGACAGAGACCCGGACAGCGACGGGACCAAGAUCAGCACAGUGAAAGUCCAAGGCAAUGACAUCUCCCACAAGCUUCAGAUUUCCAAAGUGAGGAAAAAGGAUGAAGGCUUAUACGAGUGCAGGGUGACUGAUGCCAACUACGGGGAGCUUCAGGAACACAAGGCCCAGGCCUAUCUGAAAGUCAAUGCCAACAGCCAUGCCCGCAGAAUGCAGGCCUUCGAAGCCUCGCCCAUGUGGCUGCAGGAUAUGAAGCCCCGCAAGAACGUCUCCGCAGCCGUCCCCAGCAGCAUCCAUGGCUCUGCCAACCAACGAACGCACUCCACCUCCAGCCCUCAAGCGGUAGCCAAAAUCCCCAAACAAAGUCCACAAUCAGGUGCGAGGAUAGCUACAAGCCAUGGACUUUCUGUCCUGCUUCUUGUUUGUGGCUUUGUGAAGGGUGCUUUGCUUUAAUCUAAAGUGCUGACUUUUUUCCAAUAUCACUUUCUCUUCUUAAAGCAAAGAGCAAAUCGCCUGUAAAAUCUACGGAGCGGACAGCAAAGUUGACCCUAAACUCCAAGCACCACCCUGCACCCACUGUACUCUAAUUCACUACACAAGGAGCGCCUGCUUCUGGAAGCAUAAAUGAAGAGGCUAUCACAUGCUUUGUUGAUCAUAUUUUCUUUGGCAAAACACUGAUCUUUUAUUUUAAGAGAAUUAGUGUGAAGUUUUCUAAUAGCAAGAUCUAUUUUUUUCCCUUUUCUUUCGGCGACUAAAAUCAUCUCACUGACUGCUCAAGGGUUGGCCUGAAUGUCAUCAGGAUAGGGAAUAUUCACUAUGGAUACCACUAAUUUCCUACUAAAGGACCCAGCAUCUUCAGGAAGCAAACAGAGAUCAAAAGGCUACAGAACAGAAGCUAUCAUCAGACAAAACCCCCUUUUUAGGGCAAGAACAAAACUAUCAACACUGCAAGUCAACAAGGAGGACAUUACUUUAAAUAAGGAAUAACAUGAGAAAGAAUUUUUUUUUAUUUUCCCCUUUUUUCUUGGAUUUUUCUUCUUUUCUUGAUUUCAGUUCUUGUUCAAUGGUGGCAAGUGCUGGUUAUGGCCAAUCUCCGUCAAUCCUAGGAGGUUUAUAGAACUACAUUUUGAGUGUUCUAUAUUUCAAUGUAUUUUAAUUCAUUUUGCAAUACCUGUAUAUGCAAACCUGACAAAUUCUGUAAAUUGCUUAUAGUAUGUGUGCUAUAACUUCAAAGUAGAUGUACUGCGACCCUCAUGCAAGCUGAUUUUUAUCAUUAUAUAUAUAAAUAUAUACUUAAGAAUAUCUAUGUGUUGGGCCACUGACCAACUUUUUUUGACCAAGCAUUUGUUUUUCGUUGAUAAUUCAUACACUGCGUGAAUUUUGUAAUUCAUCGUUUCACUUCCACAGGUUUGACAGUUGCAGAUGGUCUCUAUUGUCCUCUGCUUCAUUCUGGAAAGUGCAUAUUCAAAAUUGUAUCAGUCUCUGAUCGAUGAAUUAAUUUUGUUACGUCUGUGCUAAGUUGGAAUUUGCUAUGUUCCUUUAUAUAUGGUGUUUAUUGAGGUUUGAGAGUCUCUUGACUCUGAAGAAUGUACACUCUCUGGUUUUGACAGCUAUUUCUGUAUUAUUAUCAUUAUACUCUUGUCAAAUAGAAAUGUUGCUUCUAGAAAAUUUGCCUUGGAGGCGAAUAUGGGGAAGGUGAAGCACUCACCAUAAUUCCCUAAAUUCAUGUUAGAACAUUUCUUGCUAUGGUUAAAAAUGCCGCUUCCUUUGACCUUUAUGAAUUUCUGUACCUUUGUCAUUCUGUUAUUUGCUGCUAAUUAUAUUUUAAUGUCUCCUAAUUAAAAAUUAAAAUUUGGUUGUUGGCUAAAUACAAUAUGCAAAAGAUGAUGGCAGGUCCCUGACUAAAGAAGAUUAAUGUGUUCAGUUUCACUGGUUAAGUGAAUUAUAAUUUUAAAUAUUCCAUUCUUAUUUUUGGCUUUAUGAUAAUUCAGACUAUUUUAUUUUGAACUUGUUUUCUACUCUGGCAAAGAAAGAUAGGCAGAACUAUUAAAGUGUUCCAUAUACAUUAUGGAAUAGAUACAGCUUGAGAGAUAAAUGACCUAAGUUUUCCUUCCAGAGAGAUUCUUCCAUUUUCUCUCAUUACAAAACCAGAAGAUCAGCUAUGUGGGGCCAUCAGCUCCCAGCCUAAGGUCCUAUAACCCGAAGCUUGAAGGCAAUCAGUACCUCUGCUUUUCAAAGGUAAAUGCAUUCAUUUUCUUUGAUUCAGUUAUAAGCAAGUAUAUAUUUUCAUAAUAUUCUUGACAUUACCUGAGAAAUAAUAUUUCAUGCUAAAUCUUUUACUGCCACUUUUCUCAUUUGGUUUAUCAUUUCAGUUUAAUGAGAAAAAUUAAUAAAGGUUUUGAUUGCACUAUUUUAUUAACCUAGAAAUGUAUUUUCUUUCAAAGUUUAAUACUUAAAAAUGCAUAAAAUAAUGGUAAGAUAAACACCAUCUAUUAAGUUUAUCUGGGCCUUAAAGAUUGCAUACAUUAAAGCAUAAGUAAGCAUACUGUUUCAAAUUUGGUCAAGUUAGGAAAAAUCUACAUGUAAUGUACUUUUACUCAAAAUUUAGGUCAUGAGAUUGGUCAUUUCUAAAGCAACACAGACUUGUACCUGUAUCAGCAGUGUUUACCACGCUCAUAAUCAAAGAUGUAUGCUAGUUUGGAAUGAGCUACUAGGCUCAUUGUAUCAGUGUCCAAAAUAAUGAAGAUUUAUCUGUCACUGUGCCACCAAGAGUCCAAUUCACUGGCUACUUUGAGAAAGAACAUGGUGCACUAUUUGCUUUACACUCAAGAAGUUAAUAUGGAACCUUAAAAAUUGGAACAGAAACUAAAACAAAUUAAGGAGAUCUUUCAGAGAUUUUAACCUUAUAUUUUGUCUCUGCAACUAUAACUUUGUAAAUAACCAUAACUUUGAAUAUGAAUAAAGAUUUAAAAAUAAGUUAUCAGACAUUCUCAACCUUGUUUCCAAGUUUAUGUAAUGUUUAUCAUAAGAGAGAAUCCUAAAAUAUUAAAAUUGCUUACUUGAAUUUAAGUUGAAUGCUUUUGUUCUUUCUUAAAGACUUAUAAAUUGCUUGCAAUAAAAUAAUGCAAAUGAAAACACAUGAGGGUAAAAUAAUAAAAUAAGAUAAAAAUUAUUUAAAGCAGAAGCCACUAGUUGGGGUUAGUAAAUAAGCUUAGUGGAGUUCAUGAACCCAAUGGAAUUCCAUGUAUAUUUUUGCAUAUCUGUUUUAUGGAGGUGGUCCUUCAUACGGCCAAUCAAUUCAUUGAUUCUGAGUGAUUUGAUUAUGAUUUGCUGGCCUAAAAGAAGAAUGUUUAGAUGAUUUUGAGCAUCUAAGAAAACCUGAUAGUUAUAAUUUUGAACUGGUUUGCCUUAAAGUUCUUGAAUAUAAUUUAGGAAAGUAUGUUAAGACACACAUAUGUGUGGGUGUGUGCCGGUGGGGGUACAAAAGAACACAUUUUUAAGUUCAGAAAAAAAAUCAUCGCAAUUUGUUAUAAACAGCAUGGACUAAUGAUACAGGAUGAUGUUGGUUGAAUUUUCAGGACUAGCAAUGUAACUUUGCAAUGGAUACGUAGAUGCCAUUCAAAUAAGUGGUUCUGUUAUUUAUCCUAUAUUUUUUUAAAGUAAAAAUAUUAAACAUAGUUUGUAUAAGAAAAAAUAAUUGCAGGAGGUAAGUGUAACCUGUCUGAGAUAACACAUAAAACUCUGAUGAUUGUAUUUUGGAGUUAAGACUAUGAAGCUAAAAAAUAUGUGUGCACAUAAUUUCAAAUAUUAGGCCCAAGUAAUUUUAUUUUCAGAACUGCUCAUUAAUUACGGGAGCACUCAGUGUUUCAGGAAGUGUUAAGACGUCAGGGUUUCAGCAACGAAAUUGAUAAGGCUCUUCCCUAGAUCUAGGAAGAGACAGACAAUAAACAUUCAAAAGCAAGAACAUAAGAUACUGAUAAAUUCUAAGAAGAAAACCCAAUAGGAUAAUAUACAGGGGUGUGACUAGGAGGUCAGAGGAGGCUGCUCUGAGGAGGUGACAUUUCUGCAAAUCUGAAUGAUAGGAAGCCUGGCAAGAGAUCUGGGAGCAGAGCCUUCCAGGGAAAGGGAAGGACUUGUGCAAAACCCCAGAGGCGAAGUCCAUCUAGGCUUGCUCAAAGACAAGAAAGAGGACAAGAGCAUUAAGUGUGGGGAGAGUGGCGAGAGGCAAGAUCAUCAGGCAAGGCGCCUCAGACAAGACCACACCAAGGGGAGAACACAGGGCAGAGCAGGACUGUGUGGAAAUUCCAAAGUGAAUGACUUCCAAAAUCAGGACACAGGCUCUCUCCCCAGCCUGACCUCUUCUGGUGCUUAACUAAAUUGUUAGCAAAACUCCUUGGGGCACAGCACUGAGUCUUCCAGCCAAGCUGCCCCUUUGUAUUGACAUGGCAGAGAUGCAGGAGGCACGAGAGACUGUAACUUUCUAGAGUUAGAAUGUCUCUAGUAACUCUAGAGACAUUUUAGUGCUAAUUUACAAUUGAUCUGGCAAAGAAAGAUAGGCAGAACUAUUAAAGAGUUCAAUUUCCUUCCAGAGAGAGUCUUCCAUUUUCUCUCAUUACAAAACCAGAAGAUCAGCUAUGUGGGGCCAUCAGCUCCCAGCCUAAGGUCCUAUAACCCGAAGCUUGAAGGCAAUCAGUACCUCUGCUUUACAGUUGAUCACUUUGAGGAGCCAAAGGAAAGAGUGAAAGAUUGGGACCGCUUUGAGUGGAGAUGGCACUGAACUCAUUGUAAUAACUACAAAUGCAAUUUAAAAUAAAAGCAUGAGUAUAUAAAUUGAAAGGGCAGGUGGACAGAAAGAAGAGACUGACUCUUAGACAGGUGCUGAGAAAGCAGUGUAAUUAAAAAGAUAAGGAAGGGAAAGGAGCUACAACAUAUACACCACACACACACACACACACACACACACACACGUUAUCAGACAUUCAAAAAAUUAGAUCUUAGACUCCACAAUACAAACCCCAGAGGACAAUGGAUUACAGUGUUGUCAGGGGAGAAACAUUGUGAUAAAAUCAUUGUAUAUUUAGUUAUGUUUUCAUUGUUAAAGAAAUAAACAAACCAUUUUGAGGUAGUUAAAGCUCAGAGAAGAAUAACAUGUAUUUACUCUUCUUGAAAUCUAUGUUGGCUUUAUGCCCCAGCUGAGAUAGGAAUCAAAGGUGAGGUUGAAAAUAAAUAGGGAUAAUAUAAACUGUCCACCAGAUUGUGUUAAAUCUAAAGAAUGAUUCAGUAUUUUAUUGUAUCUCACUGUAUGUGAAAAGAAACAAAAGUUUCACAAAACAAUACUUACCCUUAUUUUGUAUAUGCAGUGCAUUAUAAUAAUUUCUAUUUUGUUCUGUCUCUUUUUUUGUUCAUGCUUGACACAAAACAUUAAAUUGGUUUUGCA